AUGAAAGGAGGAAAAGGCUCCCGAGGCCGCUCAGGCGGUUCAGAUCGCGGGGGUAUUCGCAAGAAAGGUGGAGCAAAAAGGGUCGAUCGAGAUGGUGAUUUGGCUAUGGACGCAGGCUCUACUCAAGGCCGUGUAAAGAAGGCGCGCGGCGAUUCUAGCCGCACGGCAGCUACUGGACCACGGGUCCACACCCGCGAUAGGGCACUCGACGCUAUCCAAAAGGCUAUUUCGAGCAACACAAGUUCUCAGGCGAAUAUCCGACAAGGUGGCCGAGGCAGCAAUCUGGAACAAGUUAGCGUCCGAGGAUGGAAGCAGAGCAAGGCAGCAUCCAACCGCGACGGUGGUGUUGAAAGUCUAAUCACCUUCCUCGAAAAGAAACUCAACUCAUCCGACUCGAAAGCUGGCUCCCGCGCAAGGAUCACAAAGGUAUGUUCAACAUCAGAUUUGACGGUCACCGACAUUAUUUCGCAACGUCGUCCUCUCCGGUGUGUUCUCGUUUACAGGAGUGGUACCCCAGAACGACGAUCGCAGGCUGUUUUUGGCUCGCGGGUUGAAGGCGAUACGUUCAUAGUAUCUAUCCGGCCGGAGUUGUUGGACAGGAUGUUAAAAAUGAAUGGUUUCAGUUUUGCAGGAGCACCCCUCACGAUUCAGACAUAUGAUCCGUCCGCCAAUGGAAUGGACCAAACGAUGUUAUCCGAAGUAUCGCGGAGCAGUGGCGCCCCCUCGACCGCCGAUACCAAAUCUAAGAUGACCGCGAUCUUGAGCAAACGCUAUUUUCAACAGCAGAAAUUGCUCAACCUCUCUAAGCUUGGCAGCGACCCGGAUCUGUUGGCAAUGGGGAUCUUCGAUAGCACAUCUACCGAAUCCAAGUUCUUCCCGGCGUUGAUGAAAGUAUGGGAGAUGAAUUUUGAUAGCUCGACAGCGCGACGCGAGGCUGUGGAGAGUGUCAGCCUUGCCGACAAUCAGCUCGCCAAUAUAACGGUCGUCACGACAUUGGCUCAGUCAUUCCCCGAUUUGAAGAAUCUUGAUUUAUCGAAUAAUAACUUCAAAGACGCUCAGUCCUUAAUUGGAUGGAGGUGGAAGUUCCGAAAUCUGGAGUUUCUCGACCUCACCGGUACCCCUUUCAGCGCGGAUCCUACUUUCAAGGACACCAUGCUUAAGUGGUAUCCAAAACUUCGAUUUUUGAAUAAUACGGAAGUUCGGACGGUGGAGGAAGUGGCUGCGCAGAAGAAGACACCGAUUCCUGUGCAGGCGCCGCAUUUCCAGGACGAAUCUCAAAUCGGAGAGAACUUUGUCAAGGCCUUCUUUGUUGGUUAUGACAACAACCGUACUGACCUUCUGAACGGUGUAUACGACAACAAGUCCACGUUCUCGCUGAAUGUCAAUACCACUGCUCCAAGAGCCCAGCAGAGCGAGACUGCGGCCUGGGAUCCUUACAUCAAGAAGAGUAGGAAUCUGCUUAAGAUCAAUCAUCUUCCUGCGAGGAUGUCUCGUUCCUUUGUCGGUGCGGAUAAAAUCCGUGAGAUGUGGAACACCCUUCCUCAAACACGACAUCCCGACAUUGCAGCUCACCCUGAAGAAUGGCUUAUUGAAUGUUUCCCCAUCCCUGGGCUACCUGAUCCUUCCGGACAGAGCGCGACUGGCGUGGGUGGACUUAUUAUCAUGGUGCAUGGAAAAUUUGAAGAGAUCAAUGGACCCAAGGUUGACCUUCGGAGCUUCGACCGGACAUUUAUCCUUGGACCUGGUGGAGGCAUGGGUGGUAUUAGGGUGAUCAAUGAUAUUCUUUGUCUGCGGGCCCAUGGGGGCCAUGAAGCAUGGAUGUUGGAGCAGCCAGUUGUCCAAACAGCCCAACCCGGACAACCUCCUGUCCAAGCACCGGUUGUUCCGGCCACUCCCGAUGGUUACGGUAUGCCGGCACCAGGCAAACCAGAUGCCCAGGUGCAACAAGAACAGUUGGUCAUGCAAAUAAGCGCUAAAACGGGCAUGACCCUACCAUACUCUGAAAUGGCGCUUUCCGGCAACGGUUGGAAUUUGGACGCUGCUUUGAAGAAUUUUGUGGAGCUCAAGGCUCAGGGACAGCUACCUCCAGACGCUUUCCUGCCCGGAGCUGUCUAG